AUGCCUGUUAAAGCUAUACCCAAGGUGUCCCUAGCACGUAAUGGUGUGGGGUCGUUUGUGAAACCAUGUUAUAAGGUCACGGUUCAGUACUGCAACUGGGGCGGAUCAUCUCAGGGAGUCAGAGACUUCUUGACGCAUCACAAGAAGAAUCUUCAAAAAGUAGCCAACGAGAAUAAGGACACCAUGUUUGAGGUGAUCAAGAGAAAUGGCCACCCACAAGUUGUUUUCCACUACAACAACGGCGCGCAGAACGCUGUGGAUGUGAGAAACCAGACCGUGGACCAGGUCACCAAGACGGUGUGGGAACACAUCCAAAAGAGUGGUAACGCACCUUUCAAGUUCAACCAAAAGGUGAUGUCCAACAACGAGUCGGUUAGAGGUAUCUGGUCUCCAAUGCACGUGAACAAGACCAACAGACACCGUAUAUAG